AUGUAUUUUCAACUUUGGUGUUUCACUGGAUUAUUAAUUAUUUUCCCAUUGAUAUGCAUAUCUAAAGGAAUCUUGGAAGUGCAACCAUUUUCCUUUCCUCAAGGUAUGACUGAAGGGGAAAGAGUGAUCGUUGCUUGUACCACAAAAUCGAGAGACAAAUCUGGCGGUCAACUUUCUUUCAAGUGGCUGAAAGACGGCAAAGAUUUGCCGGUCAAAACCCAGACAAAAUCUUUCGGAGAUUUUUCGAAUAUUGUCAUCGAUCCUGUGUCGGAAGAGGAUAGUGGUAAUUACACUUGUGCAGUGACUAGUGGAGGAUUGCAUGAUUCAUAUACAGCUCAACUUACAGUCAUGGUUCCUCCUCAGUGGAUUAUCGCCCCUAAAGAUGUGAGCAGCUUCUCUGGGAAAUAUCUGGUCAUCGAUUGUAGAGCAUCAGGAAAACCAACACCAACCAUAUCCUGGAUGAAGUCUGAAGGCCAUGGAAUGGAAGGAUUUGCAGCAGUGAGUGAAUCUGAAACACUUCGUCUGGCAAAUAAUGGCAGCCUGAUCAUCGAACAAGUUGAAAAGUCCGAUGAAGGUCUUUAUCAGUGCAUAGCCACAAACUCAGUGGGACAAAAUUUGAAGGAUAUUUCGAUCAACAUAUUCGGUAACAAUUGCUUUUAUAAUUGA